GCCCGCGCGCCGGCGCCAUGGCGGAGCAGGAGAGCCUGGAGUUCGGCAAGGCGGACUUCGUGCUGAUGGACACCGUCUCCAUGCCCGAGUUCAUGGCCAACCUCAGGCUCAGAUUUGAGAAAGGGCGCAUCUACACAUUCAUUGGAGAGGUGGUCGUUUCUGUGAACCCAUACAAGUCAUUAAACAUCUAUGGGAGAGAUACAAUUGAGCAGUAUAAAGGUCGUGAGCUGUAUGAGAGACCGCCUCAUCUUUUUGCUAUUGCUGAUGCUGCUUACAAGGCUAUGAAGAGACGAUCAAAAGACACCUGUAUUGUAAUAUCAGGGGAAAGUGGAGCUGGUAAAACAGAGGCCAGUAAGUACAUCAUGCAGUAUAUCGCCGCCAUCACCAACCCCAGCCAGAGAGCCGAGGUGGAAAGAGUGAAGAAUAUGUUGCUUAAAUCCAACUGUGUUUUGGAAGCUUUUGGAAAUGCCAAAACCAACCGUAAUGACAAUUCAAGCAGGUUUGGAAAAUACAUGGAUAUCAACUUUGACUUCAAAGGAGACCCUAUUGGAGGACAUAUCAAUAAUUACUUAUUGGAGAAGUCUCGAGUGAUUGUGCAACAACCAGGAGAAAGAAGCUUCCAUUCUUUCUAUCAGCUACUUCAAGGAGGUUCAGAGCAGAUGCUGCGCUCUCUACAUCUGCAGAAAUCCCUUUCAUCCUACAGCUACAUCCAUGUUGGAGCACAGCUGAAGUCUUCUAUCAACGAUGCUGCAGAGUUCAAAGUAGUAGCUGAUGCCAUGAAAGUAAUUGGCUUCAAACCUGAGGAGAUUCAAACAGUGUAUAAAAUUUUGGCUGUUAUUCUUCACUUGGGUAAUUUAAAAUUUGUAGUCGACGGUGACAUACCACUCAUUGAGAAUGGCAAAGUUGUAUCCAUAGUAGCAGAAUUGCUGUCCACUAAGACAGACAUGGUCGAGAAAGCCCUUCUUUACCGAACUGUAGCCACAGGCCGUGACAUCAUUGACAAGCAGCACACAGAGCAAGAAGCUAGCUACGGCAGAGAUGCCUUUGCCAAGGCAAUAUAUGAGCGUCUUUUUUGUUGGAUUGUUUCUCGCAUCAAUGACAUUAUAGAGGUCAAGAACUAUGAUACCACAGUCCAUGGAAAAAACACUGUUAUUGGUGUCUUGGAUAUCUAUGGCUUUGAAAUCUUUGAUAACAACAGCUUUGAACAGUUCUGUAUCAACUACUGCAAUGAGAAACUGCAGCAGCUGUUUAUUCAGCUGGUUCUGAAGCAGGAGCAAGAGGAGUACCAGCGGGAGGGGAUCCCUUGGAAGCAUAUCGAUUACUUCAACAACCAGAUCAUUGUGGAUCUUGUUGAACAGCAGCAUAAAGGCAUCAUUGCAAUUCUAGAUGACGCUUGCAUGAAUGUUGGCAAGGUCACCGAUGGAAUGUUCCUCGAAGCCCUGAACAGUAAAUUGGGCAAACAUGGUCAUUUUUCCAGUCGAAAGACUUGUGCCUCAGACAAAAUCCUGGAAUUUGAUCGUGAUUUUCGGAUUCGGCAUUAUGCAGGCGAUGUAAUCUAUUCCGUCAUUGGUUUUAUUGACAAAAAUAAAGACACUUUGUUUCAAGAUUUCAAGCGUCUCAUGUAUAACAGUUCAAAUCCUGUGCUGAAGAAUAUGUGGCCUGAAGGCAAGCUGAGCAUUACAGAAGUGACCAAGCGGCCUCUGACUGCUGCCACUCUGUUUAAGAAUUCUAUGAUUGCAUUAGUGGACAACCUUGCAUCAAAGGAACCAUACUAUGUACGUUGCAUCAAACCCAAUGAUAAGAAAUCCCCACAGAUAUUUGAUGAUGAACGCUGCCGGCAUCAAGUAGAAUAUCUUGGACUACUAGAAAAUGUGAGAGUGCGUCGGGCUGGAUUUGCCUUUCGCCAGACCUAUGAGAAGUUUCUUCACAGGUACAAGAUGAUCUCUGAAUUUACCUGGCCCAACCAUGACCUUCCUUCAGACAAAGAGGCUGUGAAGAAACUGAUAGAGCAAUGCGGUUUUCAGGAUGAUGUAGCUUAUGGGAAGACCAAAAUUUUCAUUCGAACACCCCGUACAUUGUUUACCUUGGAAGAACUCCGUGCCCAGAUGCUUGUAAGGAUUGUCCUGUUCCUACAAAAGGUGUGGCGAGGCACUCUGGCCCGCAUGCGGUACAAGAGGACCAAGGCAGCUCUGACAAUAAUCAGGUACUACCGGCGCUACAAAGUGAAGUCUUACAUCCAUGAGGUGUCCAGUCGCUUCCACGGAGUCAAGACCAUGAGGGACUAUGGGAAGCAUGUGAAGUGGCCAACCCCUCCAAAAGUUCUGCGCAGAUUUGAGGAGGCCCUGCAGGCAAUUUUUAAUAGAUGGCGAGCAUCCCAACUCAUCAAGAGCAUACCUGCUUCAGACCUGCCUCAGGUUAGGGCAAAGGUUGCAGCCAUGGAAAUGUUAAAAGGACAAAGAGCUGACCUUGGGCUCCAGAGGGCCUGGGAAGGCAAUUAUCUUGCUUCGAAGCCAGAUACACCCCAAACCUCAGGCACUUUUGUCCCCGUUGCUAAUGAACUGAAACGAAAGGACAAAUACAUGAACAUCCUCUUUUCCUGUCAUGUCCGUAAGGUGAACCGAUUUAGUAAAGUGGAGGACCGAGCAAUUUUUGUGACUGAUCGUCACCUAUAUAAAAUGGAUCCCACUAAGCAGUACAAAGUGAUGAAGACCAUCCCUCUGUACAAUUUAACUGGUCUGAGUGUCUCCAAUGGAAAGGACGAACUUGUAGUGUUCCAUACAAAAGACAACAAAGACCUCAUUGUCUGCCUCUUCAGCAAACAGCCAACCCACGAGAGUCGAAUUGGAGAGCUUGUUGGAGUCCUGGUGAAUCAUUUCAAAAGUGAGAAGCGCCACCUUCAAGUGAACGUCACCAACCCAGUGCAAUGCAGUCUGCAUGGGAAGAAGUGCACUGUCUCCGUGGAGACGCGGCUUAACCAGCCGGAGCCUGACUUCACCAAGAACCGCUCAGGCUUCAUCCUCAGUGUGCCCGGAAACUGACCACUGCGAGCUGGAGGCCUGGGUCUGGGCGAGGCUGGCUGGGGCCUCAGCCUCUGCAUCCCACUCACACUCUGCCUCACUCAGCAUCCCAGAUGCCCAGCUAAUUGCUGCAUACCUGCUAAUGCUACUAGAAAUCAGCUUACAAAGGGCCCACCUGGGCAGGGCGCCCCCCCCCCCCCGGCCUUCUCUGAGGCCCCUGCCCAUGAGGCUUUUCUGCCUGGCUUUCUGCCUCUGGUCUCCAUCUUCUGCAGCCUCAACUUUCCACAGUCCCUGCUCAGUAAACCAAAGAACCUAAUGCCCCACCGCAGACCCCUGGGCUGACAUCUAGACCACGUCUCACUUCACAGGCGACUGGAUGGUACCUAUAGUUGGUGAAGGACCAGGUCAUCAGUAGGCCUUGAGCCAAUGACCAGUUGCUGACCCCAGCAAAGGGAUGGGGUAAGGGGGAGCCCGGAAGGCAGUUUCUCCAGCCAAAAACAUGUUUCCCUCGGGGUAUGGACCUGGUGGCCAUGAGUUCUGUGAACCCUGCCUGCUGCCCCUCCACCCCCAAGGGGAUCACAGCCCUCAGAGCCUGGCUCAGCUCCUCAGCACUACUGGCCAGCCCCAGCACACAGACAGCGCUACCAGGUGGACAGGUUUGCCAGUAGAUUAGCCCCUCAGCCACGCCCAGCCGAUUCCCCCUUCCAGAGCCUGCCUCCAAGGAGACCCCCUGCCACCUCCUCUCCAGAGACCCAGCCACCUGCGGGUGCUCUAAGAUCCCCUUGCUUACCCACAGUCCAUGGUCAUCUUGACCUCAUGCUUACAGUUUCCGGGUCGCUAACUGGCUGUCCCCUGUGCUGUAACACAGUCGGGAAGCCUGACAGAACACACAGGUGUCGGGCGAGGGCGUGCUCAGCUGCUUUCCUUUUCUGACUGACCGCAUUCAGAUCUACUCACCAGAGUAGUAGCACAAGAGCAGGAUCAGAAGCACACGGGACAAGAGGAGGAGGAGCAGCGCUGCAGCAGAGAGAGUGGGCUCCUGGCACUGCAGGUCAGGCCAGUGCCCACCUAUGCCAUGUACCUGUCCCCUGGAUCCUGGGCCCUGAACCUAUUGCCAGGAGAACACUUACCAGCUUGACAGUUCCACCCACUUCGGAAGCCUUCCUGAGUCCCUGGUCUCCUCCCUCCAGCUGGAGCAGCUGAGGGUGUUGAGGCCUGGGGCAGCCCGGGCCUGCUGGCAAGGAGCCUUACUGGAGAACUGAGCAGACACGAGGGUGGACAGAGUCCAGCGACAUUUUCUUCACUUUCUGCCAGAUGCAGCCCUCUCCUAAUACUCAUCUGGGCACCCUGACCCAGCAGAAUGCACCAAGUGCCUGUGUGCCAGCUCCCGUGCCUUGCCCGGGGCCUGAUGGGGUCACCUAGCUGACCAAGGUGGUCCCAGGGGUCUGCUCUCCUGGCCCCCUCUUUCAGGGCAUGUUGGGACAUUUGCACUUUGUAUAGUUUGCAAUGAAGACUCCUGUUGGCAUCCUGCCCUCCAAGCCUGGCCAGCUUCCUAUGCAUGCAGAGGUGCCACCAGCCCAGGUCGCACACUCAUGAUUUUGCCAAUCACCAGUAGAAACUAGUUGAACCAUCUAACUGGAACCUCACCUCUCCACUUAUUUUCCCCAACCUAUUGCUUUACACAAGACAUGCACAAGUAUACGUUUUAAACACACCAAAACAGAUUAUGCCAAAUGAGUCGCCUGUAGAGGCUGAAGCGGGAAGAAAGGGUUAGACUCUUCUCUCCCACCUUUUGAUGUACCCUGGGGCCCUCACCCAGCACCAGGGCCUUCCACUAAGGACUGCGCUGUCCAUAAGCACUUUUUAUAACCUAGCAAAGGAAGUCACAGUGUGGCCACUGAAAAGAAGCAGGAAUCAAGGAUACUGAGGGAAAAUGAAGGGGACACUGUGAUUGUAUGCGAUGAAGUGGAUUCUCUUGAUUCAGUUAAAUGCAGUUUUAUGGUUUGGUGCAUAUAUUCCUAUUUUCCAUUAAAUUAACUUUAUGUCUAAAGCAUAUUUUGAUUUACCAUCAAGAGCAAUAAAGCAUUAAAUCUUA